AGGAACCUGUACGGUCACCACCAGGGAUUGCAGGGCCAUCUCGGUAGUGCCACCUCUCUGAUCGGGAGAUUCAGUCGGCAACUUACCAAGCUCCUGACCUCCAAUUUGCUUCGGUCAGUUUGGAGUGAUGACUGAGAAAUUUUGGUCACCGUUCAGGGGCAACAGGAUAUAUGUGGGCGCAAGAGGAGUAUGUCUUUGUGUUAGUUAAUAAAGUGCAACUGAUAUGCGUUUCUUCAUCCUCAAAUUCUGGUCCUCAGCAGGCCGAUCAUUGUUGACCGUCACCAGCUGGCUGUUGUCUCAAGUGGCCGACCUUGGUCUCAAUCUCGACGACAUCGACAUCCACGCCGACCGUAUAAAGUUGUGGGACGACUUUAACCAUGCCUGGCUGGGUGUGUGCCAGAGACAGAUCGAGAUGAUGACUUCCUCACAACAGCUGUCAAAAUCGCAAAGCCUCAUGUCGAAGGAGAUGAUCGAGAAAAUGGGAAAUGAACUGAUACGCUUAUGCGACGGGAUGGAACGUCAUGAACUCGUUGACUACCAAUAUGGAGUAGUUAUGGGAAGAACAGAUUACUGCCGCUCUCGAAGACUGUCUCGAUCUCUAUGAAACCUCCGAAGACGCUAGUGGAGAGAAUGGCUCUUGACGAGGAGUUUGGCCGGCUGGGCUUUUACAGCUAAUUAAGGGGCACAAACCGCGU